AUGAAGGCUUCAUCAAUCUCAACUAAAUACAAACGUGUUUCUGUUAAGUGUGUUAAUUGUUCUAAUUGCACUACUCUUAAGGAUAAGUUGUAUGAAGAGAGGAGGCUGAGGAAUAAGGCCUAUAGACUUUCUAAGGAAGCAAGAGACCUCCUGCUUGAUUUGUCAGAUUUGAUCUACAAAUUAACAAAGACAACCAAUCUUGCAAAUGAGGACAUGAAAGUGUCCGCAAAGCAGAUGUACGGAAAAAAAAAUGGGAACAUCACCAUGAGAAAAUGGGUAUGUUCAAAAGAAGGUUUCCGCAAACACAUGGAAAUUGACAAGGCCGGUGGGAGCAAACAAAAAACAUCUAUUACUAGGACUGGUUGCCAAGCUAGUUUUCGAGUCGUAAUGAUGGGCGAUGAGGGUCCGUGGAUUUGCAAGGAAUUCCAACCUCUGCACAACCAUGGCAAGGCAACAUUAGAUGAGUUGCGAUUUCUGAGAUCAAACCGUUCCGUGUCAGAAACCCUAGUUGCUCAAUCUGGUGGGUACGAAAGGAUGCCUUGCCAGCUACGAGACGUUUACAACAAGGUCGCCCAUGUCAAAAGAAAAGAGAAAAGAUGUACAGAUUCAAAUGGUGCUUUGGGAUAUUUGGAUUGUUUGUCAAAGAGGGAUCCAAAUUUCUUCAUUCAAUAUCAAUGUGACGUGGACAACAGAUUGGGGAACCUAUUCUGGGCAGACGGAUAUUCUCGACGGGAUUUCGUCGCAUUCGGUGAGGUUAUUGGAUUUGACACAACAUAUAUGACAAACAAAUAUAAUAAACCCCUGACAAUUAUUUUGGGCGUCAAUCAUCAUUUCAAGACCUGCAUAUUUGGAAUGGCACUGCUUAACUCCGAGGAUGAGCAAACUUACUUUUGGUUGCUUGACAAAUUUAUUGAAUGCCACAAUCAUGUAACACCAAAGGUUGUGGUGACAGAUGGAGAUGGAGCUAUCAAAAAUGCUGUCUUGAAGUACUUCCCAAAUGCAACUCAUCGGUUGUGUGCAUGGCACCUGUGUACCAACGCUUUAAAAAUUUCGAAAGACCCCCGAUUCUUACAAGGAUUUCAAGAUGUCAUGUACAACUAUUACACAAUAGAGGAAUUCAUGCAAAAAUGGGGGGAAUUAAUACACAAGUUUGACCUCCAUUCUAGCCAAUGGUGCACGAACACUUAUCACAGUCAUCGUUCAUGA